UGUUUAAAGGAUUCUGCAUCAAUAUUUGGUAUUGGACAUAUUCAAAAUCUGUUCUUCAACUUUUGAUCUGCUCUAUUGUCUUCCAGCUUUAACUUACUUGUGAUCCCUUCAAACAUUUUACAUGGUUUGCAAUGGUUACAUGAACUUGCGGGAAGUGAUAUUUGCACCAUCUCAUACUUUAUUCACUAUGACACUUUAGGAAAAGAAAUCAGAAAAAGCUUCCAAAACAGUAUUUUAAAAAAUGAAUCUUAUCGUGAAGCUUCGGAGAAGUUUUCGAACAUUGAUUGUUCUCUUAGCUACCUUUUGCUUGGUGAGCAUUGUAAUUUCUGCCUAUUUCCUCUACUCUGGCUAUAAACAGGAAAUGACACUUAUUGAAACAACUGCAGAAGCAGAAUGUGCUGACAUCAAAAUCCUACCAUAUCGGUCACUGGAGCUAAAAACAGUUAAACCUAUUGAUACAUCCAAAACUGAUCCUACUGUCCUCCUAUUUGUGGAGAGCCAAUACUCUCAACUUGGCCAAGAUAUCAUAGCUAUCCUGGAGUCUAGCAGAUUUCAGUACCAAAUGGUCAUUGCCCCCGGCAAGGGGGAUAUACCUCCUCUUACAGAUAAUGGCAAAGGGAAAUAUAUUUUAGUUAUUUAUGAAAAUAUUCUGAAGUAUGUCAGCAUGGACUCAUGGAAUCGAGAGCUUUUAGAAAAAUACUGUGUGGAAUACAGUGUUAGUAUAAUUGGUUUUCAUAAAGCCAAUGAGAACAGCUUACCAAGUACACAAUUAAAAGGCUUUCCAUUAAACCUUUUCAAUAAUCUAGCUCUAAAGGACUGUUUUGUCAACCCUCAGUCUCCUUUGCUGCAUAUUACCAAAGCCCCCAAGGUUGAGAAAGGUCCUCUUCCUGGGGAAGACUGGACCAUUUUCCAAUAUAAUCAUUCAACCUACCAGCCUGUGCUUUUAACUGAAUCACAGACAGAAAAAUCCCUUUCAUCCUCACCUAGCAAAUCACUCUAUGCGACAGUGAUUCAAGAUCUGGGACUUCAUGAUGGAAUUCAGCGAGUUCUUUUUGGCAACAACUUAAACUUUUGGCUACACAAGCUCAUCUUCAUAGAUGCCAUCUCCUUCUUGUCAGGGAAGAGGCUGACACUGUCCUUGGACAGAUAUAUUCUUGUGGACAUUGAUGAUAUCUUCGUUGGGAAAGAGGGAACAAGGAUGAAUGUCAAAGAUGUAAAGGCAUUACUAGAGACUCAAAAUUUACUGCGCACUCAGGUUGCAAAUUUUACCUUCAACCUUGGAUUUUCAGGGAAGUUUUACCACACAGGGACUGAAGAGGAAGAUGAAGGAGAUGACCUUCUGCUUAGGUCGGUAGAUGAGUUCUGGUGGUUUCCUCAUAUGUGGAGCCAUAUGCAGCCUCAUCUCUUCCACAAUGAGUCAUCCUUAGUUGAACAGAUGAUUCUCAACAAGGAAUUUGCACUGGAACAUGGAAUACCUACCAACAUGGGCUAUGCAGUGGCACCACAUCACUCAGGGGUCUACCCAGUUCAUAUUCAGUUGUACGAAGCUUGGAAGAAGGUCUGGGGUAUUCAGGUCACCAGCACUGAAGAAUAUCCACAUUUGAAACCUGCACGUUACCGAAAGGGCUUCAUUCACAAUAACAUCAUGGUCCUCCCUCGACAGACCUGCGGGUUAUUCACCCACACUAUUUUCUACAAAGAAUAUCCGGGAGGACCCCAAGAAUUGGAUAAAAGUAUCAGAGGAGGUGAACUUUUCCUUACAAUCCUUCUAAACCCAAUCAGCAUUUUCAUGACCCAUUUGUCGAACUAUGGGAAUGACCGCCUAGGGUUAUAUACCUUUGUGAACUUGGCCAACUUCGUGCAGAGCUGGACCCACCUGAAAUUGCAAACUCUGCCUCCAGUACAACUAGCACACAAGUACUUUGAGCUCUUCCCUGAACAAAAAGACCCUCUUUGGCAGAAUCCAUGUGAUGAUAAACGGCACAAAGAUAUUUGGUCCAGAGAGAAAACUUGUGACCACUUGCCAAAAUUCCUGGUCAUCGGGCCACAAAAAACAGGAACUACUGCACUUUAUUUAUUCCUUCUUAUGCACCCUUCCAUUAUCAGCAAUCUUCCCAGCCCCAAAACAUUUGAAGAAGUUCAAUUCUUUAAUGGCAACAACUACCACAAGGGAAUUGAUUGGUAUAUGGACUUUUUUCCUACUCCACCCAACAUUACAAGUGACUUUCUCUUUGAAAAGAGUGCUAAUUACUUCCAUUCAGAAGAAGCUCCCAAGCGAGCUGCAUCUCUGGUCCCCAAAGCCAAGAUCAUCACCAUCCUCAUCGACCCCUCAGACAGGGCAUACUCUUGGUAUCAGCACCAACGAUCACAUGAAGAUCCAGCUGCCCUGAGGUUUAAUUUCUACGAAGUUAUUACAACCGGACAUUGGGCCCCAUCUAACCUAAAAGCUUUGCAAAGGAGAUGCCUAGUACCUGGAUGGUAUGCAGUCCACAUAGAGAGAUGGCUAACUUACUUUGCUACUUCUCAGUUGCUAAUUAUUGAUGGACAGCAGCUGAGAUCUGACCCAGCUACAGUGAUGGAUGAAGUCCAGAAGUUUCUGGGAGUUACACCUCAUUAUAAUUAUUCUGAAGCACUAACGUUUGAUCCCCAAAAGGGCUUUUGGUGUCAACUACUGGAAGGAGGAAAGACCAAAUGUCUUGGAAAGAGCAAAGGACGAAAAUAUCCACCCAUGGAUCCAGAGUCUAGAACUUUCCUCUCUAAUUACUAUCGAGAUCAUAACGUGGAACUUUCCAAACUGCUACAUAGACUGGGACAGCCUCUCCCAUCUUGGCUGAGACAGGAGCUGCAGAAAGUGAGAUAGCACUGGAGACAAGAACCAAGGCUUGAAGGAUGCUUCCUUUUACUAUUAAGUAGAACAACACACCCCACAACUUUUAUCCCCUUACUGCACUUGUGAUUGUCAGCAGAGGACUGUGUGAAUAAAUUUCCUUCUAUCUUUUUCAUAAAAUGAAAAUUGUUAUAUAUGCACGCAUUGGCAAUUACUAGCAUCCAUCCCUGUGUGAGCUUCUGGGAAGUAAUGUGGGGUUUUGUGGCAUUAUCCAGUUUCCAGUGUGGGGAUCGUAACACAGCCCAGUUCCUCUGUUAACUACAAGGUUUCAGAAACUCUACAUAAGACUGAGAACCCUGAUUAAAUGCAAGUGACAAAUGAGAAUCUUGAGGAAAAGAUAAGGACAGAGAUAUCUGUAAAUGAAGUUAGCAGUAACUCAGUAUCUGAAUUUAAGGGCUUACAUUUUCUCUUUGCUAAUUUAAAAACAAGUUUUCUUUUGUUGUGAAAAAAAAUCCUAUGAUCCCGGACUCUUAUUUUGAGCAGUUAUUAUUUGUUAUAUUUAGCCCACAUAUUUUCCUCCAUUACUCCUCUUUAUGAAUAUUUUCUUCUGUCGUUCCUCCUGACUUGCUAGAGAAGUUGUAAAGUUGUAGCUGCCUGUGUUUGUUGUCAAUUUUCCUUUUAUGGAAGGAAAGUUUCCACAUUCACUGAUAGUACUAUUUUAUCUGGCAGGGCAAUCCAUUCUCAGUGAAUUCUGCAUUAUGGGUCCAUCAAAAUCUAUCAGAAAUUUUGGGGAAAAGAAGUAAGAGUGCAUACUCUGUGUAGUAUUAACUAGUAUGUAUAAGGCCAUCUUUCCAUGAGUUCAUAACCUUACCAUACAAGUAAUCUAGGUAAGUCCACCUUGACAAUGACGUAGUAUUUAUAUUUUUUUCACUAUCUGUGGAAGAAAAAUAACUUUAUUGAUAAGCUAUGGAAUGAAAACAUCAACAUGGGUAUACAGGUAGAGUGGGGCACUUGUGCCUUCUAUGUAGUAUUAUGUCAAUUGUUUUAAAGCAUGGAGUUUUAUAUAUGCCAGUAAUAUACUAUUGCAGAAGAUUAUGUUUUUAAUGCCUAUUUAAAUAUAUAUAUAUAUAUGUGUGUGUGUAUAUAUAUAUAUAUAUAUAUAUAUCAUACCUAAAACUUACCUCUUUAAACAUUACAAAUUCUCUAAACUAAAUCCUAUUUCUCAGCCAUACCACCCAACAGUUAAUUUCUAGAGAAGUGAUGGCUCUUCCCGUCCUAGAGUUUUAGGUUCCUCUUCUAUUUGGAGGUUAUUGUCAGGCUGGUUGAAUUUUUAUCCCAUUUUUCAAUGAAGAUAUAUUAAGGUUUUGUUAAUCUCUUCAGAGUGAUACAUGAAGGUAGAAUUUCAAGAGAACAAUAAAUCAAAUACUUUAGUAACACUACCUGUCAAUCCAUCCUUCCUCUAGAAUAAUUUUUCUAUAGGCCAUAAAUAAUAUUUCUUUUUUGAGCAACUUGAGAAAUUAUGCUUAACAUAAUUCAAUGUCUUUAAAGGAAACUGAAGAUCCUUGUUUAUAUUUGUUUGGUUUUUGUUGUUGCUAUUAUUGUUUUAAGCAAGCAAAUCAAAUCAAAACUAAAAGAGAAUCAAGAAUUUUCACAUAUCUUAUUUCAGAAUUCAACUUUGGAUUUAUACUUCAUUAAAAUUUUUGUUUACUGUUGUUCUCCCACUAUAUCUAGAGGCUCUUGAUCUUUUUUGAGAAAACGUGAAAAUUUUUCUUGGGCUUGAGUACACUGAAGUCACAAAUUAUUACUUUGGUUGUUCCUUUGUUAACUGUGAGACUCAAAUUCUCAAACUUAUUGUUACUUAUGUGAUCAUGUGCUUGAAAGCAUUGUACUAGGCACACUAUAAUCACAACAAUUGGAUAUUUAGAUCUCUAACAUUUGAUUUAUUUGUUCACUAGCUUCCUCCAGGUUAAAUUCUAAUAUUUUCUUUUUGAACUAGAUAUUGACAUUUUUUUCCUGAGUGGGAUAAUCAAAAUGGUCUUAGAAAAAAGCAGGAGCUAUUUUUCAUAUUAAAUUAAAUUCACACAAGUCAAAGUCCAACUCAUACCACCAGAUUUGUAAAAAUUUAACUCAUUUUUUGGCAUUUUCUCAUUUUUUCCUAAGUAACAUAUACUGUAUCAUUCACCUCUCUACAGACAUCAGAGAGCAAAAUUCCCCCAAAUUCAACCAGUCUUUUCUCCCUGGUUCAUUUCAACCAGUGUGUACCUUUUUCUUAUUAAGAUUGUCAUGAAGAAAAAAUAAAUUUUAGUUAUAUAAUUCAUCUUCAUCUUAUAGUUAACUACUUAGAGGGACUCUGGGCUUUGGGAAUAUUAUAAUAAAUCAGGAAAAAUUUCAGCUUUAAGAAUAUCUUGAUUUAGCCACUGGCUACUUUGGAAUUAUUGAGUCAAAUUUAAUGUAUGUAACUCUUUAAAAUUUUAAACCAAUUUUAUUUCAUGGUCUUCAAUUACAUACUUUUUUAAAUUUUAAAGAACUUCUUAAGAACUUUAAGCUAGACAUUACAUUCUCCUCUUUCUUCUUCCAAUUGCCUAACUCAUAGACAUAAUCACUGAUUACUUCACACUAAUAAAGGCAGGAACAAUAUUUGAUUACAAGCCUACAUCAAGAUAUAAUGACAUGCUUGUCAAAUACCAGUCUCUGAAAAUUAUAUUACAAAUCUCUCCCGAAACCAAAUUUUACUUGUAUUUAACAAUGACCCCCAAAGAAUUAAAUAAGCAACGAGGAAGAAUGGUAGUGAGAAAAAUUUAUAGUCCUUUUAUUACUGAUUUUUUUCUUUAAAAAUGCACUUAGUCCAUUUAUAGAUUUUAUUUGCCUUGAUUUCAACAUAUUCAUUUAUAUUUACCUUAAGUAGUUUUUGUUCUUCUAUCUUACUGUUUGGGUAUGUCAUAAAGUGUUCCAUUUGACAUAAAUAAUUGAUUUAUUUUUAGUUACACAGAAAAUUUGUAGUGGAAUAAUGUCUUAAAAGUCUGGUUUGGGGUGACUAGAUAAUAUAUGAACCAUUUGCUUGAUGGAGAUACCUCAAAAAUAAUGCUGACCGACUAUUUGGAAAGAAAGAAAUCUAGUAGUCUUACAUAUGGAUUUUAUCUCAACUACAAGAAUACAGCUUAGCCAUGGGUACAUAUAUAUGCCCAAUAUAUGUAUAUAUAUGCAAAUGAACAUUUGUGUGUGUGUGAGCCAGUGAUUUGAAUUGGUAAAGCAGAAAAAGAAAUUGUUAAAUAACGGAUAUAGUACACGCAUAACAUAUCUUUGAUUCUUCUUCAGAAUAAAUACUAUACUGGUAUGGUCAUUAGAGUAAUGUUGUUUCUCCUCUAAAUUCUAAGAUUUUAAUCAAUAGAUCGUUCUUUUUCCUUUGCUUUUUCUUCCUACCUUCUUUUUCUUCCUAUCCUUAAUCUAUAUACAUAUUCCCUAAAUUCCAAACAUAUAACUAGUAUAACCAGGAAGUUAUGAGUGUGGACUUUAGAUAUCUGGGUUUUCAUGCCAGUUCUGCCUCUCACUAGCUGUGUAGCCUCCACAAGCUAUGGAAUUUCCCUGAGUCACUGUUUCCUUUCCUGUAAAAGAAAGACAAUAAAGUGUUAACUUACUCAUUUGGUUAUUGUAAGCAUUACUUAGUGUAUAUUUAAAUAACUUAGCACAAAGCCUGAUAUAGUUAUGCUGGAACAUAUUUGUUAUAAAAAUAAUGUAUAAUAUUCAAAUCACUAUCUCUUCUUUCAUGAAACAAGAAUAUGUUUUCUACUCCCUUUAAUAAUAAAACAUGUAUGUCUUGAAUAUAUCAUUAAUUACAUUUGGUCAAAAUGAGAAACUGUCUUCUUCAUCACUGUUCAAAAAUGAGUUUGUGCUGUUUCCUGCUAUUGUUCUGAUCAUCAUUUGGAGCAAGGUAGUUCCAUAUUGGUCCAUCCCUUGAAAUCCCUUUCCUCCUACCUACCUCCUUUUCAGUUUAUUCAGAAGAGUAUCUCCCUUGAACCAUUUCUUUAUGUCUUUCUUCAGUUCCUUUGCAAUGCAACAGAUAUCCUGUCAGGAAAUUCAGAUCCACAGGUGCAACUUCCUAAGACCAAAGGACAGUUACCAAAAAAUUUGUGAAAGUAUAAAUAUAACAAUGAAUCAAUACUUAAAGAAUCAUUAAAACUUACAAGAAAAUUUCUCUACA